AUGGGUCGACUCGAUGGCAAAGUCGCAAUCGUGACAGGUGCCCACAUCCCCAUCCCACCCCAACCCCCAACCCCCAACCCCCAAACUAACACACCCCUAGGUGGCGGCUCAGGUUUCGGCGCCGGCAUCUCCAAAGCCUUCGCCGCAGAGGGCGCCAAAGUGCUUGUCGGCGACAUCAACCAAGCCGGCGGCGAAGCCACCGUAGCCACCAACCCGUCCUCCCUGGCCUUCCACAAGAUGGACGUUACUAAAUCUGCAGACUGGAAAGCCACUGUAUCAGCCUGCAUUGAGAAGUUUGGCCGCUGCGAUAUUCUGGUUAAUAAUGCGGGAUGGAGUUAUACCAACAAACCCACCACAGACGUCACGGAAGAAGAGUUUGAAAGGACGUUUGACAUCAACGUCAAGGGCGUGUAUUUAGGCUGUAACGCGUGGAUCCAACAAGCUAUCGAUCGGAAAGAAGGAGGCGUGAUUAUCAACAUCGCCAGCGUUGGCGCCACUAGACCGCGCCCAGGACUCGUAUGGUACAAUGCCAGCAAAGGCGCGAUAUGGAAUGCCACAAAGGGGCUGGCGGCUGAGUAUGGACCGCAUCAAAUUCGCGUUGUCUCAAUUUGUCCACUGGUGACUGCGACGGGGCUGUUCAGCGCGUUUACGGGCAUGGAGGACACGCCGGAGAAUAGGACGAAGUUCACGAGUAAUGUGCCGAUGGGGAGGAUUGGGGAGGUGGAUGAUGUUACGAAUGCGUGUGUUUUCAUGGCGAGUAAAGAGGCGGGGUUCAUUACGGGGGUCAACUUGGAGGUUGAUGGGGGGAGGUGUAUAUAA